AUGUGGCUCUUGACAGUCAUAGGGGCUGUACAUGGGCAGCUCAACUUCACCUUCGCCCUCGAGCAGGACAAGACCUACUCUAUCGGCAAGCAUGCGAAGUGCGACAUCGUCGUAGCGGACAAGCGGAUCCGGAAUAAGGCUGGGGAGAUAGUGGUCGGAGAUUGGAAUCCGCUCUAUCGCACCACACCGCCCAGAAUCACCUUCAAGGUCGAGCCGAAAUUGAACGGCGCGUUUCCAGCGUUCGAGACCCUCACGCCUGUCGAAGGCUGCGUAGGGUCGCUCGAUUUGGAAGACUAUGAGAUUGUCACGGUAGAUAGGCAGGGCGUCGAGCUGUCUGAUCCGGACUAUCCCGGACUGGGGGCGAGGUUGGAACAAGGGACCAAUGGUGGGACGGGACUCUGGUUCUUUGCGCAGUGGAAGGACAUGUUUAUUCAGUAUGACGGCCUGAAGGACUGCUCAGACGCUGAGGAUCUCAAGGCGACAAUGCUGAAGUAUUCCCACCCCGACUCCGUAUGGACACCCCCAACUUACGUCCUCUCGCCAACGUAUCAGGCCUCGCAGUCCUGCAGCUACGCCGUCUGCUAUGGCGUCCGUAUCCUCACGCCCACGUACCUCCGCGCUCUCCUCGGUGCCAUCGCAUCGAGCUGGAAACAGGUCGCGGACAGCCAAGACAGCUUUACAUUCCCGAACGAGCUCGCCGAAGAGUUUCAACCGGACUUUGACGCCAAGCUGCAAAAGUAUCGACGGGGCAAGCCAGACAACCCAUUUGGUGCUUGGCUACCAGAUCCUACGCGGCGACAGAUGUUCGCAGGUUGGAAUAUCCUGUUGUUGCGAGGAGAUGUUGCUCCUCUCGAGAGACGGUGGCUCAGAGCUAUGGGUGCAACGGUCGAAGAGCUCAACAUCAUUACGAAACCUCUUCUAUCGUCCAAAGACUUCACAUCGCGGAUCGCAGAUUGGGUCCAAGAACUCGAUGCGACAGUGGGCCGACAGAGGGGGAUGAUACUUCACUGCGGUACUGUCAAGGAAAACUGCGCCAAGUUGAAAGUCAAUUUUGACAGCGUCAUAGCCGCUCCCUUGAAAAACCUCGGUAUCGUCUUUGCUGGUGGUAAUCUCUGCUGGAAUGCCGUCACUGAGGGGAGCGUGCAGGGCUACUUGGACAGAACCAACCCCGGUCGUCCCUCAGCUGGUCCCAGUGAGGCUGCCCGUAAGUCUGCCAGACCAUCGCCUGUCGCUGCUCGGCGCUCCAAAUCUCCCGAGAAGCCACGACAGCCCCCGCCUGAAGCAGCACCCGUCACCCAGCCCUCGCAGCCAGUCAAGAUCCCCUCGACCUACCCUGACGAGUCGUCCGGUCCUCCUCAAGCUGGACCAAGCAACUCAGCUCAGCCUGCCGAAACAACAAACGGCGGUGCGCCUGCUCCUGAGUCGACUGCUCCUGCCCGAAAGGGGCCACUCCGAAGACGAGCGAGAACGGAGAUUGACUUGUUUGACGAUCUCUCCCCUUCAUCAUCGGUGAAUCUCACACCGCCGGACACGGGAGGCUCUGCUCCGAGGAAUGAGACCAUACCUCUCCCCUCUGCCGCUCAGCGGCCUGUCGAUUCGCAAAGCUUGAUGCCUCCUCCUAUCCAGUCCGGUCCACCCAAAGUGUCCCGCCUGAAACGUCGAGCUGCCGAGACACCCUCCCUUUUUGACUAUGACGACCGCGCGACCCGCGAGACGCAAGCGAGCCGGACCCAGGAGACUCCAAAGGAGAUCCGGGACCUGUACGAAGCGACCAAGCGGGGCGAUGAUGUUCCGUCACUCUCGAAAAGGAGCCGGGUGGUCUCUGCCGGUUCUGCACGAGGAACAGACGACGACAGCCUCAGCUCUGCUAUCGCGCCGGCUAGUCCGCCAUCAGAAGGAUCGCGGGCGAGGCGACCGAUCGUUGUUGAUGGGGAUGGGGAUGGGGAUGUGGAGAUGGAGGAAGAAGAAGCGCCGGAGCACGAGGAUUUUGUUCAGAAGACAUUGAGAAGGGCAGCGGCGAAUCGGAAAGCGGGUCGGACGCAGUCAGCCCUCCAAACCGACCGAGAUCGGGAUCGGGCGAGUAUGCCACCUCCGUCCCUCGUCCCUGCUCAACGGAGGCGGUCCCCCUCAGAGGAGGUCGAAACCGUCGAACCUGCCCAGUCUAAGCGUGCCCGCGGGAAGGGCGACAAGGAAUCCAAAUCCAACGAACCCACCACCGACCCCGCCUUCCUCCUCGCCGUCUCGAAGUCCCGCUCCAAAAAAGCCAUCGACGAGAUGGACAAGGAGUUCAAUAAUCUCAAGAUCCCGAAAGCGGCUCUGAGGGGUAAACAGCCACAGCAGGUGGAUCUGGAGAAGAUGUAUGUCCCGCCGGACUAUGGGAUUGUGGAGGGAUUCGGGGAUGAUAUGCGUGGGAACUUUAUACAGGUCGUCAGGAAGGAUUUGUUCAGGAAGGACGGGGGGCUGAAGGUAGUGGAGAGGACGGAUGAUGGGAAGCCGAAUUAUAAGAAGUUCAAGAAGAAGGAGAUUAUCAGGAGGGAACCGUUACCGCUGGUCCUUGUAGGACCUACCAAUAUGGACGAGGACGAUAUUGGCGAGGCAUACUGGCCAGGCGCAACCGGCAGACCCAAAUCCCAGUACUCUCAGUCCCAAGCCCUCAACGGUGAAAACCAAGACGAACUCCCUCUCCUCCCUCGCGCCCGAAAUCGCCGCCUUCUCGCCGAAGACGACGAGGACGAGGACGAGGACGGACCCGGCCCGCUUCCCAUGGCAUCAACGAAUCGGCGUCGCGGGGUCGACACCCAAGCCUCCUCCUCCGCUCUCCCCGCUCGGCAAGCACAACGCAGGGGAACGCGGGCAUCGAGCGUCAUUAGCGAGGCGGGUUCGGUCGGCUCAGCUGCGCCGCCUGCUCGGGGCCGAGCUGCCGCCAAGCCGAAGCCCGCGGCGACCUCGAGGGGCGGAAAGAAGCCGCCGACUCUUCUGGAAGAAAGCGAUGAGGAGGAGGGAGUGAUGUUUUCUGCGUCAAACUCGGGGGCGACUCGGGCGGCGACGGGCACGGGGACGGGGACGGGUAGUAGUCGGCGGACGAGAGGGGAUGAUGCUUCGGCCUCGGCCUCGGCGUCGGCCAGUAGCGUGACGGUGGGGAGGAGGAAGCUGCUCGUUGAGGAAGAUGAUGAGGAUGAUUCUGGACCUGUGAGCUUUGCAGGCCUUAGCUUUGAUAUGCCGGGCACAAGCUGA